AUGCCAGUAACGAAGUCUUUAGGAAAAAUCCAAAAGGGUUUGAAAGGAAAAAAAUUCACCGUCCAUCCUAAAGGACGUAAAUUCCAACAACUUAACAGAGCUACUCUUCGUGAGGAAAAGAUCGCUCUUAAGAAGAAGGCACAUAAUGAAAAAAGAUCACAUGAAUUAUCUCGUAUGACAUUCAUUCAGUCAGCAAUUAACUCUGAUUCGUUAAAAGAGAAGAAGGUUUUCACUUAUGAAGAUACGGCUGUUUUAAUCCAAGAAUUUAUUGCUCGUGACGAUGAUGAAUUAAAUGAACUCAAGGCUAAGAGGAGGUCUAAUAGACCUCCAUCUGGUAGACAACUCCUUUUACAACAAAAAAGAGACCUAGAAAUGGAAGAAUUUAAAGCUGGUUUCCUAUGUCCGGAUUUAACUGAUGAGGAUAAUGUUGUUUUCUUGAGAGCAUGGAAUCAAACAUUUGGUGGUUUAAGUACAUUAAAACUUAUAAGAGUUAACGUUGAUGGUGAGAAGGUACUUGGUGGUACCAAGCCAGUAAAACCUACUACAGCCGAAAAAAAGGAUAUUGAAAUGUCUUAA